GAGGCUCAUCCUGGUGGAUUGGCUGGCCUCCUUCUUCCUAGCACUAAUUUUAUACGUAAGCCCCCAGAGCCCCUUCUUCUUCGUCUCCACGGAAUUCCUACCUCUCCGCACUCUUUACAUCCUCUUUCUCCAGGAAAGUCUCCAGCUUUCAGUAACUCCAAUCCGGCAGAAAUGGCUGCUGCCCUGGUUGCUGACCAUCAGCGUCAGGAGCAACAGGUCCGCCUGCUACAAGCUAAUGACGUUCCCGGAGAUGGUGAGCGUGGUGUCUGGCAGCGUCUUGCAGCCUCCUCCUUAGCGUCUGAAGUAUCAGGUGCUUUUUCGCUUUGGGAGGAGCCGCUCUUUGACUUCAUGUUUCUGACUUCUGAAGGCACUGUUUCCUCGGUCUCAAGCAGUGGAUUUGAGAAUUGGAGAGUGGGUUGCCUAUUUACAUUUAAAAUGACCGGGCAUUUUUUUUAUAUUGUGGUCGAAGAGUUAAACGCUUAG